GAGAUCUCAUUAAUUUAACCUUUAUUAUUAAUGUCAUUGUGAUAAAUGUUGUUGUGGCUAUUGAACAGCUUCUUAGAUUAGCUAUCAAAACAUAUAAAUUCCAUAUUUACAUUUAAUUUAUCACAUUUUCGUAAAUAUUUUUAGUAGUAUACCUUGUGGAAUAACAACGUUAAAAUGGAACAUUCACAUAGCGUUAAACAAAUAAGUGAGGAGUAUUACCAGCUCGGAGAAGGUCCACAUUGGGAUGAUUCACAGCAAUGUUUAUACUUUGUAGAUAUAGUUGCAAAUAUUGUUGGCCGUUAUGAUCCAGCUACAAAAACUACAAACAAAGCAAUUGUUGGAGGAGCUAAACAUGUGGGUUUUGUAAUACCAGUCGCAGGUACCACUGAUAAAUUUGUAAUUGGUUUUGAUGAUAAAAUUACUUUGAUUGAAUGGAAUGGCAAAGCAAACAAUGUUAUGAUUGUCAAGGAUUUAGUAACUGGACUUGAACCUGAGAAUGGUAGAGUUAACGAUGGAAAAGCUGAUUUUCAAGGGCGGUUGUACACUGGGACAAUGUUAAUUGAUUGGGCAUCCUCUGAUGUUCAUUGUGGUGUUCUUGUGUCUUAUUCUCCUCUGGAAAAACCAAUGUUAACAACCAGAGUAAAAAAUGUUGGAUUAUCAAAUGGUUUGGCUUGGAAUGAAAAAACAGGGAAAAUGUACUAUGCAGAUUCUCUAAAACAUGCAGUUACUGAAUAUUCUUAUGACAGUAAAACUGGUAAUAUUGGUGAAGGAAGAGUGGUGUUUGAUUCUAAGUUACCUCUGCAUGGAUUACCAGAGGGAUCUUUACCAGAUGGUAUUACCAUUGACUGUGAUGGGCAUUUGUGGAUUGCUUUAUUCUUUGGUGGCCGAGUUGUUCAGGUUGAUGUGCAAAAUGGUGAAAUAUUGAAAACAGUUAUUAUUCCCACACCACAAGUGACAUCAGUUUGCUUUGGAGGAAAAAAUCGUGAUAUUUUGUACGUUACAACAUGUUCUCUUGGACCUAAUAAUAAAUCACUAGGUCAGCCUGCAGGCGCAAUUUUUGAGGUGACUGGUUUGGGUGCUAAAGGUCUUCUUGCCAAUACUGUUCGCUUAGACAACUAAU